AUGCCGAUUAGAGAAGGAGAAGCUCCCAGAGCGUCGGACCUGCUAAAUAUCGAAUCGACCCGGCUUGUUGAAUAUCUCGAGAGGAACGGCUGCGCGGAUGGCGGAUUCGACGUUUCCAACAUUAUCGAUCUAGAGAGCCUCUCGACAAGCCAGCGAUCUCAGCUAGCGAGUAGGCUAAGAGCGGCAGCUCUGCUGGCAGAGAAGACAGCUACGUCGGAAUCCGUCAAUAUCAGCGCGCUUCUCAGUCGCCUGACGAGCAUCGCCGUAGACCAAAACAACGACGGCGGCGACGAUAAUCACGGCGAUAAAGAUGAUGACGGCCACUCUCCAGCAUUUGGGACAUCACGAUCGCUGCCAAGCCCAUCCCGGUCGUCCGAAGGCACUCCACCACCCACCACGGCAGAGGACGUGGAGUCGGCAAGCUACCACGAGCUCUUGCGAAGCGGCAGCAAGCCCAUUUGUACACUCAAGACUUUCAGGCUCAUCCUCAAGAACCAUAAUGUCGCAGCCGGCAGCGAUGGGGUUCUUUCGCCGUGGCUUAGCGCAGACUGGGACCUCGAGCGCCGGGGCGAGGAGAGGUGGACCGUCUUCUCAAGGCAGCUGAGCCGUUGGUGGGACUUUUGCAAGUUUCAGUGGCACAAUCGGUGCCCUGGCAGUGCCGAGGAUGGGGAAGCUUUCACUGCUUUCCUCGAGGCGGAGAGGCGCAUAUACCAAGACAUAGGUGCACACGAGAUGGUCGCCGAUAGCUCGUUUGAGGAGACUGUGAAGCGGCUGUGGCAACAGAAGCCGGCGUUCCAGAUUCUUCCUGGGGAGAAGAAAUUUGCUGCCUACAAGGGCGAGGUCGCAAGACGCCUCGCGCCCUACAACUUUCGCCAGCCCUUGCGGCUGAAAAAGGACCCACGCCAGCAGAGGCCGUGGGACACGUGGCUUGAAUAUCUCGUCUUCGAACAAUGGUGGUCAGAGAAGUACGACUACGACAUAUCCGUUGAGGUCGAAGAUUCCAGGUACAACAACGCCUGGAGUAAGAUACUCGACCAAUUGGCGAGAGGGGCGGGAAGUGCCCAAGACAAAGGAAGCCUCCAAUCCGACCCAUCAGAGGGGUCGCGCUUCGGGCAGCGGCGACAAAGUACCAAAGGGGUUACUACAACUGCCGCAACUGCAGCUGCAGCUGAUUUUAACUCACUGGCCGCAGAGCUGCAUGCAGUUCGAGCCGAGCUGGACUGGACCCGGCAAGCGCUAGGUAGUUUUAUCCGAGAUACCGCUGCGUAUCAACGCAAGGAGAGGGCCGCUCGCCAGCAGCGGAGACGGGUGCAGUGGGUCCUCGCGGAGGCGCGGGCGUGGGACGCCGACAUGUCCAAGCAGCAUCAGGGGGAAGCGAAGCAGAGCGUGAAAAUAGAUUCGCGGAACAGCUCAGCAGGACGCGUACGGUUGAGUGGUAAGAGGAGGCGUGGCGAUGAGGAUGAUAAUGUGGACGACUAUAAAUCCCUGCGGCUUCGGCCGAAGAGAACGAAAGGGGAGGACAACGGCAAUGGCUCAGCGGCUACGUCAAGAUCUCGUCCGACAAAUACUGUGCUUCCUUCAUCGGUUACCCGGAGGUUGAGAUCGGCUAACUCCCGGGCAAGCACUUCGGCGGCGCAGCAAAGGCUAACUCGGGAGGUAGGAAAAGAUGCCGCAUGCGUCAUGUGA